AUGGGCGGGGAGGUGGUGCCGGGCCUGGGGGCCCUGCGGCGGAGAAAGAGUCUGCUGGAGCAGGAGAAGAGUCUGGCAGUCUGGGCUCUGGCACUGGCAGGAACCGGCAUCGGACUCAUGGUCCUGCACGCGGAGAUGCUAUGGUUCGGGGGGUGCCUGUGGGCGAUCCACCUGUUCCUGGUUAAAUGCAUGAUCAGCAUCUCCACGUUCUUUCUCCUUUCCCUUAUUGUGGCCUUUCACGCCAAAGAGGUCCAGCUGUUCAUGACGGACAACGGGCUCCGGGACUGGCGCGUAGCGCUGACCGGGCGGCAGGCGGCGCAGAUCGUGCUGGAGCUGGCUGUGUGCGGGCUGCACCCGGCGCCGGUGUGGGGCCCGCCGUGCGCGCAGACGGCGGCCACGCCGUCCUGGCCGAGUUUCCUGGGCCAGGCGGAGGCGCUGCUGUCGCUGGCCAUGCUGCUGCGCCUGUACCUGGUGCCCCGCGCCCUGCUCCUGCGCAGCGGCGUCCUGCUCAACGCCUCCUACCGCAGCAUCGGCGCGCUCAACCAGGUCCGCUUCCGCCACUGGUUCGUGGCCAAGCUGUACAUGAACACGCACCCCGGCCGUCUGCUGCUCUGCCUCACGCUUGGCCUCUGGCUCACCACCGCCUGGGUGCUGUCGGUGGCCGAGAGACAGACCGUUAAUGCCACCGGGCACCUUUCAGACACACUGUGGCUGAUCCCCAUCACAUUCCUGACCAUCGGCUACGGGGACGUGGUGCCAGGUACCACAUGGGGCAAGAUUGUCUGCCUCUGCACUGGGGUCAUGGGGGUCUGCUGCACAGCCCUGCUGGUGGCCGUGGUGGCCCGGAAGCUGGAGUUUAAUAAGGCAGAGAAGCACGUGCACAACUUCAUGAUGGAUAUUCAGUAUGCCAAAGAGAUGAAGGAGUCGGCCGCCCGAGUGCUGCAAGAGUCCUGGAUGUUCUACAAACAUACACGCAGGAAGGACUCUAGAACAGCCCGCAGGCACCAGCGCAGGCUGCUGGCCGCCAUCAGCAGGUUCCGCCAGGUGCGGCUGAAACACAGAAAGCUCCGGGAAAAAGUGAACUCCAUGGUGGACAUCUCCAAGAUGCACAUGAUCCUCUGUGACCUGCAGCUGGGUCUGAGCACCUCACACCAGGCCCUGGAGAAGCAGAUUGAUGCGUUGGCAGGGAGGCUAGACACCCUGACCGAGAUGCUUAGCGCUGCCCUGGGUCCACGGCAGCUUCCAGAACCAAGCCAGGAGGCCACAUAGCUGGUAAG